AUGAAGGCAAUAUCAUGAGAUCUUUGAGAUGUAGGCGAAAGCAUCAUCAAUUCCUUAAUUUCUCAAAAAGAUGAUGAAAAAAUUGUAGAUGUUCUUCGGAUUAUAAAUUGUUUAGCCUAUUAUAAAUAUAGUAGUGGGGAGCUCGAUUUUCCUUCUUUAGAUACUCUUUUAAACUCAAAAUUCAAAGGAUAUCUAAUUUAUUUGCUCGAAAAACAGUCAUCAAUACCUUCUGAUACAAUUUUGAACUCAGCAUUUGAAAUUAUUAUAUCAAGCGAAAUUAUAAAUUUAAUGGGACACCCUGGGGAAUUAAAUGCAGAAGGGGGCUGAAAAAAUCCAGAAUCGAUUAUUAAUUUUGUAUCUAGCUUAUACUUAUUCAGAAAUUUUCACCUCAAAAAUUAA